UCUUUUUUUUCUUUUAUCUGUUGAACGUGCUUAAGCUUCAGUUGGAAAUAACAGGAUUUCGUAUUGGAACGUAAAAACUAGGAUGACUUAAAACUGUAUCUUCUUUCAUUUAUUAUGUUAAGAAUUUAUUUGAUGAGUACACAAAGCUAUUAUAUAGUCGAAAUAAAUUCUAAUAUUUCAUUGGUAUUUAAAUUAGAUGUAAUUAUAAUGCUGCAGAAAGACAUUAGUAAAUUGACGUAAAAGUGCACAAUUGCUGACCAUAAAAGCGACGUGACCUUUACAAAAGUUGUAAUGCAGAAGUCAGAAACGCUGUUUGUAAGCGUCUACAACUUUCUUAGCAGAAAGGACACAAAAGCCGAGGAUCAUUCCGGAGGUUCAGAAUCUCCUUCAAUAUUUGACCCAGUGCAGAAUUUUAGUGCAUCAUAUAAGAGACAACAACCAGAGUUUAUCAUACUUCACUAUAGCCCAUUUAAGGCAGUAUGGGACUGGGUAGUUCUUAUUCUUGUAUUGUACACCGCGGUCUUCACACCCUACCAGACAGCCUUCCUACUAAACGAGGAAGACGCCACCAUGAAACGAAACCGAGACGCUGUAACCCGGACUGAAAGUCCAGAAUCCUCCACAGCCAGCCCCCUUGUGAUUAUAGACUUGAUAGUUGACCUGAUGUUCAUUGCGGACAUUCUAAUCAAUUUUCGGACGACGUAUCUCCACAACGGAGAAGUGGUUACCAAUCAAAAGAAAAUUGCAAUUAAUUACGUGAAAGGGUGGUUUGUCAUUGACACUAUAGCCGCUGUGCCCUUUGAUCUUCUUCUCUUCGGAUCCGGAACGAGUGACACAAUGACGAUAGCAGGUAUUUUAAAGACAGCCAGAUUACUACGCUUACUUCGUGUGAUAAGGCGCAUUGAACAAUUUGCAGAGUAUGGUGCUGCCGUACUACUUUUGUUAAUGGUUACGUUCUCUCUGGUAGGACAUUGGCUAGCUUGUGUGUUUUAUGCCAUUGCGUACUGGGAGCGACCUCACUUGGAGAAUGCAAUAGGCAAGAAAAUUGUCUUUGUAUACAUUUAUAUGGAUAACUCGUUUCUUAUAGGAUGGUUAGAUACUGUAGCCACAAGUAUUAACGAGCCUUAUGUCGCCAACGUCACAGAGAGUGGGCCUAGCAUAAAGACGUAUUACAUCACAGCGUUAUAUUUUACGUUUACGUCGCUGACGUCAAUAGGAUUCGGAAACGUGUCACCAAAUACUAAUGCCGAAAAAAUAUUCUCAAUAUUUGCUAUGUUGCUUGGUUCGCUGCUGAGUGCUGCAAUCUUUGGUAACGUCUCUUCUAUAAUGAUGCGAGUGUAUCAGGGCACGGAUGAGUACCAUGAGAAAAUGCAGAGCAUUAAAGAGUUCAUUAACUUCCAUCAUCUUCCAAAGAAUCUUGCAAACCGAUUGCAAGAGUCCUUCCAACACACCUGGUCAUACACUAAUGGAAUUGACAUGAACACGGUUUUAAAGAGUUUCCCUGAGUGCCUACAAGCAGAUAUAUGCCUUCAUUUGAACAGAAACCUGCUGAAUAAUUGUCCAGCCUUCCAGAAGGCAUCUACAGGAUGCCUUCGUGCCUUAUCCACGCAGUUUAAAACAACACAUGCGCCCCCUGGCGACACAUUGAUACAUCCGGGUGAUAUACUGACCGCACUCUAUUUUAUUGCACGGGGUUCCUUGGAGAUUGUGACAGAAGAUAAUGUAAUGGCAAUACUAGCGUUUGAAAGCGGACAAUAG